AUGACUCGCGGCCCGAACAUCCUCGUGACUGGAACGCCCGGUACGGGCAAGACGUCCAUGUGCCAACAGCUCGCGGUCAAGGAACGUGGCUUGCACAACGGGCGUGAUGAGGAGUUUGACUGUUUCGUGCUCGAUGAAGACAAGGUCUGCGAUGAGAUGGAAGACAUGAUGGCUGAGGGUGGCAAGGUGGUGGACUUCCACACGUGUGACUUCUUUCCUGAGCGUUGGUUCGACCUAGUGGUGGUGCUUCUGGUGGUGCUUCGUGUGGACAACACGACGCUCUUCGACCGCCUGCAGAAGCGCGGGUAUUCGGAGAAAAAAGUGGCCGAGAACGUCGAAUGUGAGAUCAUGGAGGUAGUACUGCAGGAGGCACGAGAGAGCUAUGCACCCGAGAUUGUGCAGGAAUUGCCGAGCCGCACUGUCGAGGACAUGGAGAGCAACAUCGAGCGUGUGCUCACGUGGGUGCAGCACUGGAUGGCGCAGCACACGGGCAACUAA